AUGACGUCGAACAAGUCCUUCAGGGCUUCUUUAAUGCCUUCAAUGCUGCGCUCAAACACGGACCCUGAUUCCUCUUCUCUUUCUUUUCGCAAGAGUGUGAGAAAGUCAAACACUGCAGACAUCAACCAAAUUCGAGGUACCAACUUUGGUUCGUCAAAGUCCACCACCAACCUGCCUCACCUCGGUCCCAGUGAGCCAGAAGAGCCUGUACCACAAAACGACCGUCCUCGUUCCGCCGAGCAAAAGACUCUUCGUAAACGCAACGACUCGGCUCCCAAGGUUUCUCUGCCAAAAUCGCACUCAACCACAAACCUGGCUCCUUCAAAAAGUACAAAUCGCAUGUCGAGAUUCUGGGGCAAUCGCCUUUCGUCCUUCCUACCCUCACUCGUUGUGCCCUCAGAAUCUGAAGAGUCCCCAACUCCAAAAGCUGUGCCAACACCACCAGCACCUGCGGCCCCCUCCGCUCCCGCUGCCACAGCCGCCGACUCUCCUGCACCCACCAAGUCAUCUUCUCCCACCGACACCUCGACCACUACUAAUACCGCUGGAACCCCUCCUACGACCGUUGAUGACAGCGCUUCGUCCACUACCCACAGUAUCAUCGAACCCACCAUCCGGAUGCAGAACGAAUAUCACGACGCCGUGCCAUACCAGCAUCACGGCCAGAGGCAACCUGGCCAGGCUGGUUUCCCGCCUAGUCCAGACUCGAUUCCCACACGCGGCAGCGACAGUCUCGACGAUCAGCUGAGCCCCAACCCCCAGAUCAUGGCUCCCAUUCCUCCAUCUCCAGAGGUCCAACGAGCGGCCAUGAGUCCUCAAGAGCCCAACAUGCCCCCUCCUCCAAUUCCUACCUCAGCUUCAGACAACUUGCACAAUGGAGGCGGAAAGCUGCGGAAAGAGAACCCCGCUGCUCGAACGAGAAGCGGUUCUUUAAACCAUGCGCCGAGCAACUCAUUUGGCGGCGGCGAGAUCCAGGCUCUCAAGACUCGACAAACUUCUCCAGCUCCUGACCGCGGACGCCGCGCAUCAUCAGUUCAGUCUCCCAACAACCGCAACAGCAACACCAAGAGCCGCAUCGUUUCUACCCCUCUCGCCAUCAGACCCGGCUCUAAAGGUGAAGCCAGCCAGAGCCCGACCCGGGGACGCCUUCGAAGAAGUUGGUUGCCUGGUGGAAGAUCCCGUUCCAACUCGAUGGAUGUUUCCAACGCAAACACCUCGACUGCUUGGGUUUUGUCCGACGAUACACAAGCCGAGUACAAUGCCUCGUUUCUCAAGAACGGAGAAAAGGUUCCGGAACUUUGGAACGAAAGCGGAGCCGUGCUUGUUUACUUGUACCCCAAGGGCAGCGGUCGCGGGCCGUCAUUUAAGGUCCAGGAGUUCACUAUCAGCUCAUCUUGGCUCUUCAACGAACUUAUCCAGAGCGAACGCGAGACACCCACACGAAACAGGAACACGAGCUUCAGCGGUCGCCUCAGUUUGACAGCCGAAGAUGCCUCCCGAUACAUCUCACCACCAAACUCUCCGCCCGUCAUGGACGAUGUAUCGGACGAUUGCCUCCACCUAUACCUGCCUACCGGAGCCCCCGGACAAGAGAUGGCUCCCGAUAUGGAUCGUCUCAUUGCCAUUCGCAACGUGUUCGCUUUCUUGACUGGCCAACCUCUUGUCGCGACCAAGGCCCGACCUUCCAACUUCCAUGCGUUCCUCGACAUUGCUGCCCUCUUGGAGGAGUAUGGCUUCACUAGCUACGAUGGAACUACAUUCGGAGACGCAGUUGACCUCAGUUUUGGUUUCUACAUGGACCAGCACGCCCUUGCGGAUUGCCGACACAGCCGAGAGAAGACACUUGAAGCAGUGAUUCUAGGUGAGCGCAUGCGAUCGGCCGACCUCUACAACGAAGCUUUUGCCCAUGCUGCUGGCAAGUACACAGCCAUCAUGGAGCUCAAGCUCCCUCUUUACGAGCAAAUCUCACCAAAGACUCGCGUCAGCUUGGAACGUGCUCAUCUCGAUUUGCUCAACCGACAGCACAAUGCUAACAUGCAUCUGGAGCAAUUUGACUUCCCUGCUCUUUUCUCGGGUAUUGCCAACUCUACUUCCAUGACUGAGCUUAGAAGUGUGCGAUUCAAGAUCUGGAGACAGUCAUUCACCAAGAUGCGAAGCUUUGCUCUGAGCUAUUACAAGACUGCGUUCGGUAACUGGCCUCCUAAGGCUAGCAGCAAGAAGAACCCUUUCUCCGAGAGCGGUCUCAACAGACUUGUUCUCAAGGUGUUGUACUCUGACAUGUGUGCUCUUUACGAUCUCCUUGUUGAUCGCAACAACCGAACCUCGAGAAUCAUGGAUGAGGUUCCUGAACUCUCCAACGACCCCGACAAGAUGAUCAUGUCUGCUCUCCGAAACAUCAUGUCUGAGUUUGAUCGAUCCAAGCCUCCCGUUCUUCCUCCUAUUCCUUACGAUUGCCCUCAAUUACCUACAGCGACAUCGAUUCUGGAGACUUACGAUACGCUCUCGCCCAAGAAGCAGGCCAAGUUCGACAAGAACAUCAAGGAGCACGAGCUAAUGCUCAUGCUUAACAAGGCCUACAACUACGACACCAACUCUGCCAAGGUUCCCUUCCUGGACAAGUUCAAGGAGUUCGAGCUUCGCGAGGCCAGAGGCAAGACUCCCCAGGACUUUGCUGACCAGCGUAUCGGUUAUUGGCUGUUCCUCUAUGUGGUGAUUCAAUCGCUUCCUGUCCUGGUUGUUGAUGCUCCUGGCAUGCAGUUCACCGAGGGUGUUGAGUACUUCCUUUGCGAGCCUCCCAUGGGCAACCCCCCUUGGGUCCCGGAUCAGCAAGUCAAGAAGAUGUGGUACGAAGUUGCUGGCGGCGGUGGCUUGGUUGAGCUUUCUCAGGAUGCCGUUCUCUUCAGUGUCGAAGCUACCUACCACCGAAGUCACUGCUGGCUUGCCGCUACUCAGUGGGAGGGCGGUAACUCAGCCUCACAUGAGCUCGAACAACCUCAGAUGUCACCUCUGCAGCCUCCUCGAUCCAUGUUCUUGGAUAACGAAGACUUUGUUCCUACUCCUCCACCCUCAUUUGGCAAUGGUCUUAACACUCCUCCUUCUCCCAUUGGCAGCCCUUCAGGCUCGCUUCGACCUCGAACACACUCUCCUGGUGGAAACCGAGCCAACCAAGCUUGGCGAUCAAGUAUCGCCUUGGGUCUGGAGCCCGUCCCCCUUCAGCCCCCAAGCCCCUUCGGAGAGCGUAGCAGUUCUCUCGGAGGACGUCCUCCCAGUCUUAUGAUGGGCUCCCGAAACUCAUCCAUGGGCAACCUGGCUGCUCUUGGUGGCGGCCAUCACCCCUAUCCUCAAACCGAGUCACCGCCUCCUGAACCCACUGGCGCGACCUUUGAUGAUAUUCUCAAGCAAGAUCAGAAGAAGGAGAAGAAGAAGAGUCGAUUCUUCUAA